AUGGCAGCGACUUCAAGGAGAAGAAUCCUUGAGGUUUGGAGGAUGGGAGUUGUUAAGUAUUCGGAAGGGCUUAAGUUGCAGGAAAAGUUAGUUUCAGAUAGAAAGGCCGGGAAGAUCCUUGAUACGCUGCUGUCUCUGCAGCAUCCGCAUACUUACACGCUUGGUAAAAGGAAAACUGAUCAUAACCUUUUAGUCUCCAAGUCACAAUUCGAAGAUGUAGGAGCUGAGUUGCAUUACACCGAAAGAGGAGGUGAUGUCACCUACCACGGUCCUCAUCAAGCAAUUCUAUACCCGAUUAUUAAUUUGAGGGAUAUCGGAUUUGGGGCAAGAAAGUACGUUGAGACGCUAGAGCAAACCAUGAUUAAAUUAUCCGCCUUGUAUGGCGUGGAAGCUCGUGCUGGACAGGCAGGGACUGGGGAAACUGGUGUUUGGGUUGAGGAAAGAAAGAUUGGUGCCAUUGGGGUGAGGAUUUCAUUUGGGGUUACUUCACAUGGGUUGGCAUUUAACAUUGAUCCUGAUUUGAGUUACUUUGAAAAUAUUGUGCCUUGUGGGAUUGCUGAUAAAGAAGUUACAUCGUUGAGGAAAGAAGUAGGUAAGAUUGCUAGUCUUCCUGCUGAUGAGUUUGUACAGGAGCAGUUGGUGUCUUGUUUUGCUAGAUUGUUUAGAUAUGAGGAUGUCAUCUGGAAAGAGACUCCAUUUUGUAUGAACUGACGUACCAGAAAAGCUGUACUCAAUGUGAAGGCAGGCUUGCAAUAUUUCUUUUGGUUUCUUUUUCUAAUAUUUUAAUUAUAUCACCGUUCAUUUUGUUCUACAACAUCUUGUUAAAUAACUUAACAUCUUUUGGACUCGAACAGGUCCUAGAGACACCAUAUUGAUAACUUUUGGAUAGAAUAUUAGAACGGAAGGAACUGUUAAAUUAUGAACUGUUCUCGUUUGAUUUUUAGUUUUAGAUCUCCAUUUUUUUUUCUAAUUUGUUGGAUUACUUUUAAAAUUUCCAUCUCUACGUAUCUUUGGUGUAGCUCGCUCUGGUAUCUACAAUCAACCAAAAAUUCAAGUCCUCUCUUUGUUUCAGCAGCUUCAAAUCUCUAUUGGGUUUUUUUUGACCUAGUGUGAAUCCUUCUUUGAAUUAAAGUCCAUAAGUGUACAAGUUUGUGCACUUUUUUUCCAAUAAUAUCAGUGGCUGUAUUAUUCUCUUAAAUAAAUGUAAGACUCUUCUAGCUACCAAAAAUUUCUGCAACUAUGUCUUCGUGAUUACUUUGGCACACCACUUCAAUUUAGUUGUUUUGAUUUGCUUACGCAAGU